UUUAAAGACUUUAUCAAUUUUGUGAUUUUAUUAUUUAUUAAAUAUAAUUUUUAUAUUUAUGCACUAAAUCGUAAAGGACAUACCAAAUACUCUGAUUUUUUACACGAUCGGUAUUUCAGAACAUAGGACACAAAGUCUUGUUAAAUAUUAAAUCUAUUCUAUAUCUCAUCUGUGCUCAAACAUAAAUUGCUGGGAUUGGUUAGUAGUUUAUCGAUAUUUAUCGUAUUCAUCAAUCUAUCACCUAUUAUCAUUUUCUAUAUUAUUGAAAAACCGGCUUACAGUAAUUGAAGAUAAAACUUAGUAAUACAAGAUAAAAAGAUUUGUCAACUGACGAUAGUAAGGACAAAUGAAAAAAAUGAGUACUUUCUUGUCCAUCACAUAACCAAAACUGUGUACUCCUUGACGCACGAUGUUCAAGAAGAAUCGUCAUCGUAGUGCAUUACAGUAUCGACAAGAAUAAAGAAAAAAAGAAAAGCCUUCCGACGAAUGACAGCGCGCAAAACCGAUCACGCGGUCGAACCGGGAGGUGUGCUUUCGGUCGGUGUCAGAAACCGUGUGUGUAUUGUAUAUGUGUAUGUGUGAGGCAGUAUCUCUCUCUCACAACAAAUAUGUCGUGGUGGGGAGUACAUUUUCCCGUUCGCUGUUUCGCAUAUUUCUUCCCCCGCAUUAUUAUUAUGUAGUUUGGCAUAGGUGAACCCUUGCACAUUUGUCUUGAUAUUAAAGAAUACAAGUGUGUGUAUAUGGUGAUAUAAUUAUUAAUAAAAAAGAAAGUUUACAUGAAAGGUGACAAGGGUCGCCUCGCAGUCAAGAAUAAAGCGCGAUGAGAAUGAUACGCCAGUUAGCUCUUUUACUCGGUAAUUAGAACGAUUAUUUAAUCAUGUUCAAUCCGCAAGGAACCAGAGACGGUCGUAGGCAGCCAGCGGCGUGAGUCUCGCGAUUAACGGUAGGUGUGGAGUAUCGUGUGGAGUUGAACAACGAGGUGUAUUGACGUUGAUUUGGUGGUUGCGUUCCCCGGCUACGCCUAGGUGAAAAAUGCGGUUCUGAAUCGCGACGUGCGCCGAUCCCGUGCAAUUACGAACAGGUUGUUCACGGGUGGCUCGUUUAAUACGCACAUUACAUUACGAUACUUCUUCCCGAAUACAGACUCGUGUACGGGUCUGCGUCUUGCGUGUGUAUGUGUGGUGUUUGGACAAUCAAGGAUAUAUUCCUUCGGAAGGACAGCCUGACACGGAAGAAACGCCGGAAGGAAGGAAGAGGAGGGUAGCAGGGUAGCAAGAUGGCGGGAUCCUUAACGUGGUCGUGUACUUGUUGCCUACGGUUCAAGUUCAGCCCCGAGGAGAUUGAGCAGCGUUACAAAAGUCAAGAAAUCGAUCGAAUGCUGGAGAAGGAUCGUCAAACUUUUCGACGACAAGUUAAGCUGCUGCUCCUCGGGGCAGGCGAGAGCGGAAAAUCAACAUUCCUCAAACAGAUGCGAAUUAUUCACGGAAUUAAAUUCGAGCCUGAAUUAAUUAAAGAAUAUCAACAUGUAAUUUAUCAAAAUAUAAUUAAAGGAAUGAAGGUAUUAGUAGAUGCUCGUGAUAAAUUAAAUAUUCCUUGGGAAAAUGCUAAAAAUUAUGAUAUUGGUUAUCAAUUAUUGAAAUUUGAAAAUACUAUGGUAUUAGAUGCUAGAUUAUUUCUCCAUUAUGUACCAGCUUUACAAAGUUUGUGGAAAGAUGCAUCAAUCAAGAAAGCUUUUGAUAGGAGAAGAGAAUUUCAAUUAAGUGAUUCAGUUCAAUAUUUCUUGGAUAAUCUUGACAGAAUUGCAAGAGUGGAUUAUGUACCUACCCAUCAAGAUAUUUUACAUUGUAGAAAAGCUACUAAAGGAAUUUCAGAAUUUGUCAUACAAAUUAAUAAUAUUCCAUUUCUGUUUGUUGAUGUUGGAGGACAACGAUCUCAAAGACAGAAGUGGUAUCAAUGUUUUGAUUGUGUUACUUCUAUACUUUUCCUUGUUUCAUCAUCUGAAUUUGAUCAAGUGUUGUUAGAAGAUAGAAGAACUAAUCGACUGGAAGAAUCAAGAAAUAUAUUUGAUACAAUAGUAAAUAAUAUGAUAUUUUGUGGAGUAUCUAUCAUUCUAUUUUUAAAUAAAACUGAUUUGUUAGACAAAAAAGUAAGAUCAUCUGAUACAAAUGUUCGUUGGUACUUUCCACAAUUCACAGGAGAUUCACAUUCCAUGAAGGAUGUGCAGAAUUUUAUACUUGAAAUGUUUAUAUCGGUUAAAAGGGAUCCAAGAAAACCACUUUUUCACCACUUUACCACUGCUGUGGAUACAGAAAACAUAAAAGUUGUAUUUAAUGCUGUUAAAGACACAAUUUUACAUAGAAAUUUGGAAUCAUUAAUGCUCCAAUAAUGAUAAAUGUAUAUAAAAAAAGUGAAAUGACUUUUGAUUCAAAGAUAUACAUUCAACAUUUAGUGUUUGAUACAUAGUGAAGUGAAAUUGUAAUCAAAGAAGUAUUAAAGUGUCGAUUACGAAAGAAUAUUCUGGUAAGACAAGUAAGACAAUAUAUACUAUAUAUAUAUAUUGUAUUAAUGUAAAUCUUAUAGUUAUCUCCGUUUAUAACGGCAAAUUAAACAGUUUCGUAUAGUUUCGUAAUAGUUUUAUACAACAGGAAAAGUAAAAACUGCCUAAUGAAAACAUGUAUCGAAAAUUUUUUAAUGUUCUAUACAUUAUAUAUAUAUAUAUAUACAUAUACAUAUAAAUAUUGAUAAUAUAUUUCCAUCUUUUUGAUGAAUAUUGAUUACUAAAGGGUUGUAAGAAGACUAUUAUAUACAAUUUAUUGUACAUAGUAUCUUGUAUUCUAUACAUUGUCGAUAAUAAUGGUUUUACAUGUUUGUAUAAAAAAAGAUCAGUUUGCUAAUAGUUUAGCUAAGAUUUUUCUAUUUUGUACAGAUAUUUAAUCCAGUGCUUCUUUUUUAUAUUAAAUCAUAUAAUACUAAUACUGGUUAAGUAACCAGUAUUUAUAAACAUAAAAAUAAUUUAUUAUAUACUUAGGAUUAAUUAUUAAUUAAUUAUUAAUUAAUCUAUCUUUGAAAAUAUAUCUUUGUUAACACUGAACAUUAAUAACAAGAAAACCAAAUACUAGAUCCAAGCCAUAUAAACCAAAUGAAACUAACCAGUUUGUGUUCAAAUUACUGUUUGCAAAAUUUGUUAAUAUUUUUAUAUAUUUUUUUUUCUUAAUUUGAUUAAAAAAUUAUAUACAGUAUUCUAACAUUUCAAUAAUUUUUUGUACUUUUAUAUUUUUGAUUUUUUAUCUUGUAUUUUCCGAAAUUAAAGUUUUGUUCUGUUAUUAUAAAUUGAAAAAAAAACAAAGAGCAAUCAUAUAUAUUAAUAUAGUUCUAUUCGUUCAUUACAUUUUUGUAUAAAUUUUUCAAUUUGUAUUGUAAACUUUCAGUAUUUUCUAUAAUAAAUUGUGUACAAAUUUUACACAGAAAAAUCAUAAUAAUUGAUGUUUUAGUUCUCGUUGAAUAAUUAAGCAAUAUUUUGUUCUCUUCUUCUUUGGUUCUAAUAGUGAUGAUAAUCAAUAUUUUCUUUUCAAGAAAAAAUUAUUCUAAUCAGUAUUAUUUUUCAUGUAUAAAAGAUUGAAAUAAAAUUGAUUUUUUAAUUGGAUGACAAAUUUCAAGAAUUAUACUUAAUAAGUUUAUAAAACAUAUGGCUUAAUACCAUAUCAUUUUUUUUUUUUUUUGUAAAAACAAAUACUUGUUUCUAUAUAUUUUAUAAUGUGACAUUGUAUUAGCAUUAUUUAAAAUAAUUAGAAAAAAAUUAAACCAAAAAUGAAGAUAAACAAUUGAUUAAAAUGUUCCAUUAUAAAAAUUAGAUAAUUAAAAUAUUUCUAAUAAUAGAGAAUAACUUUUUCAAUUGGAAAAACAAUUACAAGCAGUACUAUAACCAAGGAUUUUAUGUAAUAAUUAUUAUAGUGAAACCAAAGAGUUUUAAAACUAAUUAAUGUCUAUAUAAUUUAUUUCCACUAGUUUAAUAACAUCUAACUUUAUAUAUCCAUUUUUAAAAACAUACAUAUACAUAUGUAUACAAUUAUUUCAUAUUUUUCUUUUAUUACAUAAAAUCUUUGUUUUGAUUAUGUUUUAUAAAAAAAAAAACUGGAAGUUCAAGAUAUUAAGAAGAUUAUAUUAUGAAUCAUUUAUUUCUGAAGUUAAUAAAAUCGAAAUUAAUAUUUUGUUAUGUUUGUAUAUAUAUAUAAAAAAAAAAGAAAGAAUUUAGAUAUAAUAUAGCAAUACAAAUUAUUAAGAAAUGAAAUUAUUGUAUAAUUUGUAUUAUGAAAGUUAAUGUAAAAUUUGAUUGGUAUAUUUUCGUAACUAACAAUUUUACAUUCCUAUAAAGAUAAUCAGGUUUUUUAAUUAAUAUUAGAGUAUUUUUAAAUUAUAUUACAUUUUUAUAAUAUAGAAAUAUAAUUAUUGCUCGAUUACAAAAGAGCAUUGUUUUAACAAAUUUAAAAUAUGGUUUUAUACAAUUUAAAUGUCUCUUUGUAUGUAGAACUUAUCAAUUGAUAUUCAUUGAGAGCAAUUAUUUAUAGAAAUAUUUUAUAGAAGAAUAUACUCUUGAUACUUCAUCAAUUAAAAAUUUAUCUGUGAAUCUGUAUAAUUAUAAUAUAUAAAAUUUUAUAGAAAAUUUUCAUGAUACUUGAACUUCUUAUAAUAUGUACAAUUUUGUAAUGAUAUAUAUUUAAUUAAAUAAUAAAAACUUCGAUAUGUUUCUUUAUAAAUUCAUUUGAAAUAUAAAAAAAAUAUUAAUGACAAAUUUUGUAUUUUACAUCAAUUAUUUUGCAUUUAUGUAUCAUGCAAGUUUUCUUCUAACUUGUUGUAUAGUAAUAAAAAAAAUGACAAAAUACCGCAAAUUAUACAUGUGACAUGUUUAAUAAAACAUAAUGCGGACUGAGAAAAAUAUAAUAAUUAACUUUGUGAUAGAAUUUCGUAAGAAUUAAAUAGAAAAUGAUUUUUAUAAUCAUUAUCAUCUUAGAAAUGCAGAGAUAUUAUUUUAAUCUAUUCAAAUGAAUUAAUUUUAUACAUUUCAAUUUAUAUGAAAAAAAUGAAAUUUACAUUUUCUAUAAUUUUUAUAUUGUUAAUGAUAACACAAUAAUAUUUUACACGUGCGCGCGUGUAUAGAACAAUCUAUUAUGAUUUGUAAUUACAUUUACAUUAGGUACUUUUACAUGCAUACCUACAUUCUCAAAUCAUGAAAAUGCAUUGGUACAAUAAAUAAUAAUUACAACGACAAGAAAUUAUAAAAUAGCUUUGUGUGUAGUUUAUUAUAUCUUUAUGAAAUUAUUUGUUUACAUAUUUAUCUUCUUAAUUGAAUUAUUCAUAAUAUUAUUCAUAAUAAUACGCAAAAAUAUUUGCAAUCUAAUGGAAAUUAUUAAAAUGUUCAUUAUUAGAAAUUACGUUCAAAAAAAAAAUUAGUUAAUAACAUUUAAUCGCAUUUUCAACUAUGAUGAUUUAUAAAGGAAUGGUAUGCAUAAAUUCUCAUUAUAGAUAAAAAGUUUAUUUGAAUAAAAAUUGCAGAUGUAUAUCAUAAAUGUUGAUUAAAAUAGAACAAUUUUUAAUAAAUUGAUAAAAACAAACAUAUAUGUUGCAAAAUAUUUGCUGAAGAUAUUUGAAUACUUUAUAUACGAAGCGCAAUAUUUCUGAAAAAUUAAAAUCUUAUUUUUACUUUAUAAUGAACGAUAAUGGAACUGUUUUAUUGUUAUUGAUAAUUACUUGUAUAGUAAAAUUUUAUUUGUAUUUUUUGUACAUGAUCUAAAGAAUGUAGAUAUAUUGUGCCUUUUGUAUAUUGUAUAUUUGUAUAUAAACAUAUUUUACAUAAAAUAUUGUAAUAAUGUAGUCUAUUAAUAUAAACAAUAAAUAAAACUUCAGAGAA